CAUCACCCGGAAUCGAAUAGAACGGUGCGAUCAGCUGUUUCCGUUUCAACUCUAAUGCAAACAAAUGUUUAUGGUUUGGGUAUUAACGUAUUUGUUUCGUAGUUGUAAGUAAAAAUGCCUUCAGACGAUGAAUUUGACUACAUGUCUGACAACUUUUUGGCAGAAUGUGUAAAGGAAGAUAUUCGCCCUGGACUUAUUCACAAUCGAACCCAGCAGAGGACUCAUGAUAUUGAGAGAAAGAAGAAGGUCACAGAUGAAGAUAAUAAGCAACAAAACAGGCCACAGAGGUUAAUAGAGGCAGAGAGACGGGAGGAAGGCCUCAAUGAGGCCAUUGCUGACAGUAACCGAGGGUUUGCACUCCUCCAAAAGAUGGGAUACAAACCAGGCAUGGCUAUAGGAAAAUCAGGCACAGGUUAUGUAGAACCUGUUCGUAUUGUACUUAAGUCAGAUCGAAGUGGACUUGGAAGAGAUGCAGAACUCAAAGAAAUUGCAGCUCAGAAGCUUGCAAUAAGGAAGAGACUGAUGCAUAAAAGAGAGAAGGCAACAGAUACUCAAGACUACAGGGCCCGCAUCACAAGGAAGGCAGCAGAGAGGCAAAUUGAGGGAGAUCUGAGGAAAAGUCAGAGAGUUUGUGAAGAGCUGGACACUUCUAAGGGAUUUGAUGAACCAGCAGAACCAUGGUUUUGGUCCCCAAGAAAAACCCAGGCAGCAGAUGAUAAGGAAGAUGAAGAUGAACCAAAAAAUCAACAGGAUAUAAAUAGAGAAAAAGGUGAUGAUAGUACUGAGGAAGAUGAAAAUAUUUCAGAAGAAAUAGAAUUUGAGCCACCAGAGAAAUUAGAAAUUUUAACACUUUACCUGCGGAGAACACACUUCUACUGCAUCUGGUGUGGUGUGCAGUUUGAAGAUGAGAAGGAUUUGCAAGAUUCCUGUCCUGGACCUAGUAGAGAUGAUCAUUAGAACUGCAGUUCCCAUAAACUCUAUGUAUAAUAUUGUGUUCUUUAAGCCCUAUGAAGAUGAGCUUCAGCAUUUUGUAAACAGCAGUGAUUAACAAUCCAUAUAUCCAUUGUAAACUGUACAUAUUUUGUGUUUAUUACAUGUGUAUUCUUACAGCUGUGAAUAAAACCACAUCGUAGGUAGUUUUAUGGCCUUCCAGGUUUUGAUGAUGUGCACUCUUACAGGUGGUUAUAAGCAUUUCAGAGGAACAUUAGCCUUUAGGCUUCAAUGCCACCUACAAGAAUACUUAGCAUCGCGAUCCAGAACAUCACAGUUGACAGCUUCACUGGCAAUGAGAACCUAAGAUAUGUUGUGGUUUUAUUGACACAGGCUGUACACACAUUUUCUCUACGCUUGAUUUCAGUUUGAUAGUGACAGCUAAUAAACCUCUGAUGUUAGGUUAGGUUAGAUUUUGUGUAACUCCAUGGAGCAGAGUCCCUAUUGAGAAGUGAACAGUAUGCCCAGCUUGUCAAGUAAUUCCCCAUUCUUUAUGGAACCCAUAGGUUCAUUAAUGUGUUCACAAAAGCCUGUCAUCAAUCCUUGAGUCAGAAGUAUUAUCAUCCUAGAUUGCAAGCUGGCCAGAGGCCGACAAUUCAAUUUGACCACAUGCACAGUUCUAAACUGCAUUACAUUUCAUUGCUGGAUUAUAAACUUGCAGUACUAAAACAUAUGAACACAAGACCCAUGGACUAUGUGCAAUAGGAAAGUUCAGCUCACGUCAUAUUCUGGGUUGUAGAACCAUGUAUCUCAUUGUUCACAAUUUGAGAUCCUUGUUGCCUGCGUCAUAAGGGUAAAUACAGUUUUCCCACAA